CUGUGGCCAAGAACAGUGGUGAGGUGUGAGCAGUCCAGUGAAAAACACAGACCGACCAGGCUUUACACAGUGAAACCAGUGGGUUCUCCCCUCUCUCUAUCUCCCUCUCUCUCUCUGUCCCUCUCUCUUUCUGUCUCCCUCUCUGUCACCCACGCAGAUUUUUGCCCACUGGUGCCAGACAACAUCACCAAUAACAAAGGCUCUCUGGCGUAAAGGAAAAUGGAAACACUUCAGACAACCAUCAGCCACAUCGGGGAGACGGCAUCUUACAAAAAGUCUCAAACAGAAGAAAAUAAGCAGAAAAGUAUUGACAGUCAACCCGAGGAAUCAAAUUAUGUGGAUCUGAACAAUCUUCUGGAUAUGACAUCGGAUGGCACAAAAACCGUCAAAGUCACUUUUACGGGUGAAGGUAAUCAGCUGGCAAUAUUCAAAUGUCAGAGUGACACGUCAACCGUGGGUGACGGAAGCCCUGGCAAACGCAAGGAAAAAGGCAAUAUCACAGAGACUCCCUCUAAGGACUGUCACCAGGAUCACUCGAAGGACGCCAGGGUGGGACAGCGUGACAGCGUGAACUCUUCACCGACUCUCGACGAUGAGAUUUCAAUCGCUGACAUGCCUACCACGGAGACUGACCCUCAAACCGACCUCAUCCUGCAAGAUUAUAAUCCACAAAAUGUUUCUUGCGAAAGCGAGGAGCUGCGCUACACGGAUAUGUACUUGAAUAGCCAGAGUGAGUCGGAAGAUGGCUCCAGCAGCGUGGUCUUAUCUGAUCAAUGUACGCUCAAUACCUUUGCAGAUGAAUCCCAUUAUAUCACAACGCACGAAAUUCAAUUGACUGAGUUAGACCAUGAUGUGGACUACGAAAUUGGCCGUGGGCCUUGUUGGGAUUAUGAGGAUACCAAUCUUGUAUACUCAUUUGUGGAUUAUGCAUCUUUUGAGAGCGACGAGACGACGGAGGGGACAUUGGUUAUGGAUAGAAGAAUUGGUAAAGCAAAAAUCACCAAAGCGCACUCGGUUAAUGCGGGCCAAUGUGGUACUGGCGAAACAGCUGUCAGCACCGAAAGCGAUGUGUGUGAGUGUGACUCGGACAAAUGUGUGAGCUCAGAUGAAAGCGUGUGUAAAAACCCCAAUGGUGGUGAGAGCUCGUCGGGGCAAAUUCACCUGUCGAUCAAAACGUCCUCCAGGAAUAUAAACGAGUCCAACAAUUUUCUCCAGAAUGAAAACAUUAGCUAUCAUGCCCGACGCACAGGCGAGAGGAGUCAGUACUUUUUCAGGGGUUCGGACUCGAGCCGGGAGGCCCUGUUUGACCGGGCGCACUAUUUCAUCCCGGCACCCGGCCGCCAGCAUUUGGCCCCUCAGUUAAAAGGAAAAGAUAUUAACGAAUACUCUAGUGGUGCUUCAAGCUCAGUUAGUGAGCUAGAUGACGCUGAUAAGGAGGUUCGCAAUUUAACGGCUAAAUCAUUUAGAAGUUUGGCAUGCCCUUACUUUGAUGCCAUCAAUUUGAGCACGUCUAGUGAAUCGUCUUUUUCGUCAACUUUAAUGGAUCUGAAUUAUGGUAACAUGGCCCAAGGACAUGAGAAACGUCUGAUUUCCCACAGAAGUUCAACGUUUGAGCUGAACAAGAAUGCACAGUGCAAAACCAUAAAUGGUGUGGCUAAUUUAAAAGUGCCUCAAGCUAAGACAUGUUCCCAUAACAAAAACAAGCCGUCCCGGUCGAAUAUCCAAAAUGACUCUUCUGCUUCAAAGCAAAUUGAAAUCAGAGGACAAUACGAUAAUCAAGGUCAGGGCGAAAUGAUCACUCUGACAGAGACAUUAAACUUUAGCUGUAAUGUUGAAGCGGGACUACCAACGCGUAAAAGGCGCGCAAAAUGCGUAGAAAAUACCGCAGGAUCACGUUCCGCGGAUGAGGUUACCAGCAUCAUGCCAUCGAGGCCUGGGAGCGAGGCAGCCAGCCCACACAUUGACUGCGGGGACGCUAUCGAAGAUACACACAAGAAAGCCAUUUUUGCAUCAAGUCUGCUAAAAAAUGUAAUCUCGAAAAAAAUGCAGUUUGAACAAGAGCGCAAAAUGGAAAGGGGGGAGAUACGUGACACACAUCCAGUUCAGUCACCUUGCUUCCAGAUAAAAGACCCAGACACAUCAAAAGAGCCCUUCCAGUGUGAGGUUUUGCAAAGACAAACGUCUGAAACAGAUUCAGGACUUAUUGCUCUCAAUGAACUGGGCGACGUAGUAGAAACUUCGUCAAAUAUCGACCCUAAGGAGCAGCAUGAACAACGCGCAACGGUUUCCACAGCGGAUUCCACACCGGACUGUCAUCCUGAUGACGGCGCGUGUAAGUCUAACAAGGAAAUGUGUGAAAGUAAGAAGGUGCAGCUUGCUCAGAGUCAGAACAGUGCCUUCAAAUCCUGGAAGGACGGUGAACUAAGUGUUGAUAUGGAAUCAGGGAAUGACAGAGAGGAAAAUAUCAUAGAAACGUCUUCUCCGACAUUAGAGGUUUCGGUUCAGAAGGAGAGCCAAUCAGUAAGCGCCAAAUCAACUAAAAUGUCGCACUUGUAUGUACCAAGCUCACAGCUUCUCUCCAAAGACAGGGAGGGGGAACAACAGACGCAAAGUAAAAAUAUACACGAUGCCGUCAUGGAGCAGGGAGAGGGCGAGUGCGAGUGCAGAGACAAUAACUCUAGCAACCUUCUUAGUGCCAAGGAUACAUCUGCAAUAUCACAAGCCAAAAAGGCACCUGAAAUCAAAAUACGAUUACGUAGCGUUAAAGAGAACAAGAAAAAUCCCUUCAACAUAGCCAGUCUACUAACCCCCAAAAUCGGGUUCAGCACCACAUAUCCCCCCAAACCAGCGUCUGAAUCCAAAUGUCAGGUGCUGUCGCAGUCAGAGAAAGUUCCCCAUUUUACAGUUCGGGACAUUAGAGAGACCAAGGGGAAGUUCCAAACACCAAUUCACCAAGUACGCGACGUGCGUAAACUGGUCAAAAGUUCCUAUAGGUUUGUGUCACUAGAAAAUACUGAAAACAAAGCAGCCACAUCAGCUUCUCUGUUGAGAGAAGAUAAAGUUGGCAUAUUUAAGAAGGAACCGGACAAAAAGCCUUCUCAAUCACCUAUUGUUAUUAAAUGCCAUUCUGUAAACACAAAUAAUUUAAGUAAGCCACGCAGCAGUGUGGCCGAGGCAUCAAAACGGGGACAAACAGAGUGCGCGACAGAAUCUGAUAGGUUGUCACCUAAACAUCUGUCCGACUGCAUUAAAAACGAAAGCGUAUUUGCAAAUCGGUCUAUGGGUAGAACUCCGUGCGUAAAAACGCCUUACAGUGACCAAACCGAAUCAAAAAUGGAAACGAAAGCUGCGAAACAAAGGCAAGAUAAAACAAUCGAAAACAUGGAAAAGAAAUCCGAAUCUAAAGCAACAAAUCAGGCGGCCCUGGAAAAGUUAAAAGCUGCUGUUAAAACAAUGGAGCAGCUUUAUGUUUUUGACCGUAAUGAAUGGAAGCGCAAGACGCAGGCGCCGCGUCCCGUCACAGACAGCCACGUGCUAUCACUCAUUACCAGCGAAGAACAGGGUGGUCCAUCUAAAACGGAAUCUGAGGAUGAUCUCGGCAAAGGCACUGAAAUUGAGAGGCCGGUGAGCUCCAUAAUAAAUCCUCCAGUAUUGGCCAGCACUCUGCAGACAGGUGUAGCCCAAUCAACUGAAGAUAAGGUGAAUCUCAAAUCAGCCACAUUUAGCCAAGAAGACACAAGUACAAGUAAAACAUCAUCUGUCCAUGGCCAACGAUUCAAUAACAAAUGUGUGUUUAAUUUUGCCAGUAGCUUAAAAGCACCAGCCAGUAGUGGCCCAGCAAAAAUUAGUGUUCGACAGACUCUCUCUGUUCCGCAGGGUGUCUCAACCAGCAAAGCAAUAGCUCCUAAAUUUCCCAAAACCCCACUGUCCUUAAAAAUCACUCCCCCGAAAAGAGAAGCAGAGGAAAAGGGGCCGGCCAAAAGUUCUGAAACUUUCCUCCAGGCCCAGCCCAUCAAACCUGCACCAGCAGAGACUGAGAACUACCUGACCAUCCCAGUCAGAGCUUGCACCACAGACACACCGGCAUCCUCCGCCGCCAUCAGUGCCAGUGGGAAGCCGGGCCCCUCCACAGCCUCCAGUCACCUUGGAGCAUCCAGCCACAGCCAACAGCAGGCCCUGCAGCGCUCCCCCAUCAUCAUGGAGUCAUGGGCUCCAGACAGCCCCACUAGCACUACCAUCUAUCACCAUUCCCUCCCCAUCCCCUUGACCACUACUGGGCCUCAGGUCCUCUGCAUCUCUCCCUCACUGGUGCCUUCCGUGGCCGAGCCCAUGCAGCAGCAGCAGACCCAGAAGAAGAUGUUGCUGGACCCUACCACAGGCCACUACUACUUGGUGGACACGCCAGUGCAACCGGCCACCAAGAGGCUGUACGACCCCGAGACGGGCCAGUACGUGGAUGUGCCCGUUCCACCUCCCCAGCCACUCACGCCCGUCCCCAUGCCCAUGUCCCCCCUGGCGCUCAGCCCUGGCACCGCCUUUGCCCCCACGUACAUGAUCUACCCCAGUCUGAUGGCCUCCCCCACAGCCUUCACCACCCACUCCCUCUCGUCUUCCACGCAGUCCGAGGGGGAUGGAGAGAGAGCGCAGGGCAAAGACUCAGGGCCGCGGGCAGGUGUGGGCGUGGGCAGCCCGUCCGGCACGCACCCUCCGGAUCACUCCCGCGGGGUUGGCGGGAUUUCUGUUGGCCCUGGUGGGAAGCCAGUCAUCAGCAUCACAACACAGCAAGGCCCACGUAUCAUCGCCCCACCCUCCUUUGAUGGAACCACCAUGAGCUUUGUCGUGGAGCAUCGAUAACUGAUCGAUAACUAAUCCAACUUGAUCUCUCCCUCUGUGGAAUAUCGACUGAUUCUGUACAUCAUUUUGUUCAUCUGUUUUACCGUCUGAAAACAAAUGUCUACAGUCUUGUCUACUUGUAUUUCCAGACAGAACUUUACCCAUUCUACACCAUGUUUCCUGUCUAGUUGCUUGUAUGUUGAAUUGUUCAGGAGUCAUACCAGCCUAUCAGUGAUUCCCUGUAUAAAAUGAUGCCCUGCGGGGUAGUGCACUUUCUCUGUGUAUAGAGUAGAUGAUCAUUGUUUGAAGAUGUAGAAGUGAAGUUGGUGCUCUAGAAUUAUAGGUACUGAAGGAAAUGUACUCAACUUCACUGCUUUUUCUUUCUGUAAAAGUAAACAAGGUUGGCAUCCCAUUGUUGAUCGACAAGUCAUGAAUCAUAUACACAGACAUUUUAGAAUUUUGAAUUAGCUGUAUGUGUGAUUGUUGAAUUGGAGUGCGCCACGUGAGACUUUGUGAAUUGGUUGUAUGAAAUAUGGAUAGCACAGAAUGUUGAAAUAUAUUAUCUUUAUACAGAAAUCACCUGUCUGGCUAAUAGUUUUAUUAUGCGUUCACAUAUUCCAGUGACACUCUUAGUUAUGUCUCUCAAUCAGAAAGGAAACCUUGAAAUCAAAAAUUUAAAAGUAUCUAUCAGGACCUUGCUUGCUUUAAAGGUCACUUAACAGUCUGUCAACCAAUGCUCUUACAAAAAGAUUUCUGGCUGGUCAACCAGAGGGGCAGUUGGCGAUUGGCUUUGAAUGAACACAGGAGACAGGUAUGACAGAUGAUAAUAGUCCAGCAUAAUGUGAAAUACCAACUACCAAUGUUUUUUGUAAAAUGUCAACUGGUUUAGGGAAAGUAGCUAAAAUGUGCAAUCCCAGCAAUCUGUCAGACUAUUUAUCCACUCUUAAUCCACUCUCAACUAUGUAGGCCUUUUAAUCUCCCUGUGGCCGUCAUAUCAUUUUGAGUUGCAAUUGCACACCAGGAGUAGCACCGCCAGACCAAAGACUCAAACUCGAGUCUCUGUGUGUUAUUUUGAUCUACUCUACCCUACUCUAUCACUGUGUGCAAUCAGUCAAUGCUGCUUUCCUCUGGCCUUACCCUGUGAAAAUGAUUGUCUUUUGUUUCUUUUCCGUGACAUUCUUCUGGAUCCUUCUGAGAGAUGUAGUUAUUUGCUGAUAAACACACACGUGUGUUGACUGUGAUUGCCGGGACCUCAUUUGACGUCCUUGGCCUGAAAGAGCUAUAGUAGGGCAAGUCAGCCACAGUGCUGCGUAUCAGGAGGGAUUCAAGAUUUAGCUUGAGAGGAUGAUACAUGGGGCAACUUCUUGAGCAAUGUUGCUGGGCAACCACAUAAACACUUCCAUUUAUUCUGAUUGGAUAAUCAUGACAACUUGCCUACUGAUGAUAAAGUUCUCCAGAAAAGAAACUGUUGCCCAAUAUCAAUGAGAGCAUGCCAGAACCACAAUAAUGAGGAACAUUGCCCAGCAACAUUGCUCAAAAUGUUGCCCCAUGUAUCAUCAGCCUAAGAGUGUGUUUGAAAUGGUUCUGGGAAAUAACUUAUUGAAGGGCUGUUGAAACAUGUUUGAGUUUCAUUUGGAUUGUUAAGGUUUGUGUGAUGAUAGCAGUGGUAUAACUAUUUAUGAUGUCAGUGGUAAGGCUAAGUUAUAUAAAACUCUUUGCACAAUUUGAGCAGUAUGGAAUUCAGAUCAACACAGAGGAUGAGGAGGGAUGAAUUAAUGUAAAUGAAUGUAAAUGAUGAAGGUGCUCCGUUUGUAGCUCCAGUAACUCUGGUCAUAGUAGCCUAGGCCUAAACGACACUUCAAAUUGCCACUGUGAACCUGAGCACAUAUCAAAAUUGGCUCUGUUGUAACAGAUCACACACACACACACACACACACACACACACACACACACACACUAGCGCACUGUUGUAACAGAUCUCACACACACACACACACACACACUAGCACACUAGGUUUAGGGUAUCAUUUUGUUCCCGUCUUGUCCCUCUCUGUUUUACUAUACUCUGAUAAUCUCAGUUCUCAAUUUCCUAAACUCCCAAACUCAUUUUUUAUUGUCUCGGUAUUCCAUGGACGUCCGUUUCCUACAGGCUAAACACUAGCUACUAAGCUACUGUUAAGCUAAUAUAAGUUAAUAUUUCAAGUAGAUUAUUUUAUGUUUAUCCAUGUCAUCAAGUUUCUAACCAUACAAAUAGAUCACAGUGAACAGUAUCUUGCUGUGUGGAUGUUUUGAUUCACAUUUUUCCCUCUGUUUUUCUUUUCUCUUUUUCAUGUCACCUUGUGUUGUGUCGAUUUAGUUUUCAGAAAUUAAGUAGCUUGAUGAUGAAGCACUGACCACUGACAUGAAUGGAAUCAAAUUUGUCUUGUUUUUCUUUUUUCUUUUUCUGGUGACCUCUCUUUGCUAAAUUCAACUUGCCUGAAAAGCAUGAAAUGCAAAUGCAUCUGAAAUGUCUUUACUUAAUCUCAUCAUAAUAUCUGCGGUUAUUCUCUCAAGCUUACUCUAUCACUGACAAACAGUGGGAAUUCUAGGGAUUGGAUUUUUUCUUGUUGUUGUUGUUGUUGUCAUUUAUUUUGUCUCUGUUUUAGUUUCCCUGUUAUACAGCUGUGUAGACCUGUCAGGGUGUUGGGCCUUAUGUUAGCCACCGGGGCCAGAGAGAGUCCUGCAUCUCUGCUGUUGUAGACAAAGGUUAAAUAGAGCUGCAGGUCAGUCUAUUUGCCUACUAUCUGAAGGAGUAGUUUUCACAUACUGUAUCAGCUAUCUUCUGGAAGAUUUACAUAUCAGUAGACAUGGGAGUGCUCUCUUCUUUGUUUUGCUUUGUUUUGUUUUUUGUUAUAUUUUCAAGGCUCAUAAGGUACAGCAGCAAGUAAAGCAUGAAGCAACAUGCUCCUUAAUUCUUUUUCGACUGACAACUGACAUAAUAUUUAUUCUUAACAUUUAUUAUAUAUAUAUUUAUACCACCUUUAAAAAAACCCUUUCAAAUAGAAACCAUAUUCCCUCACUGCCCACAUGGAACCAUCCUAAAGAUUUAAAAGAUUUUUAUUCAUAUUUAAAUGCCAGGACUGCCAAAGACUGUUUGAUCACGAUAAAUGAUGUGUAAAAUAUUUUUUAAAAACAUUUACACAUUUAUAUUUGCUGGUGGUGCUAUGUAUCAAGGUAGGCAAUGAUCACCAGUGUGAAACACUGACAUGGCACUUACCAAAAUAAAAGAGGCAUAAAUCUGGUCCUAAAUGGGACAUGUUUAUGUCCACCCAUGACAGAUGAGCUAAUGCUAGAGAUGGCUCUGCAUCCCUGUCCUCUUUAGUCACUACUAACACCUCUGCAGGCUGCGUCUUUUCAGUCAGCUUCUGACGAGGUGGACAUAAUUAGCAAUAAAUGAUGACUGCUUUUUUGGAGGUAAAAAAAAUGCUAUGUAAAUGGUUUUGAAUCUGAGACAACAGGGAAAAGCCAUUAUAAUUAGAUUGGUAGAUCAGUUACUGGUGGGGCUGAAUUGAUUUUUGACAUUGGUGUGGGAAAUUGGUGAGAGAUACAUGUAGGUCUUUUCCAAACAAACACACACACGCGCACACACACACACAUACACACACACGCACGCACGCACGCACGCACACGGACACAUAUGCAUAAGAAUGUACACAUCACUAUGAGCAGCAUGUAAUCCAAAACCGCCCCCCCCCCCCGCCCCAUCUCCCUUUGGUGUUGCUCCAGGGGGAAACCUUGGGAGGCGACACAGUGAAAGCUUGCAUUUACAGUAGGACAGGAACGCAAGGGGACAGAUUUAGCCACGUGCAGAUGGAGAGAGGAAUGUUUAGAAAUGUUGAGAAGUGAUGACGAUCCCAGGAGAGGACCCAAGCAGACCAGGCGGAAGGGCUGGACAGGAGAGCGGGGCCUGGGACGGACGAUCCCAAUCAGAAGGCUAUGUGUGAAGACGGAACUUCUAAGAGAUGUGUGACAGGAAAAAUGAGGGCAAUGUUGACACUGUCAUGGGAAUAAACUGUAUUGCAAGCC